AUGUAAAAAUAGUGUUAUUGUGAAUAAUAAAAUUCAUUAGAUAGUUUUAUCUGCAUAAUUUGUAAAAGUUAGAACCAUUGGCCAUGCUAUGAUUAUUAAAUAACAGACAAAUAACCAUUAUAGUAAAAGUGUUUAGAUUGUAUAUUUCAAGCUAGCAAUCCAUUUAAAUAAAUUGAAGUAUACUAAAUAAUUACCAUUAUUUUUUAGCAUUAUGUUAGAUUCAAUAACAAAAAUAAUAAGAUCUUUAAGAUUGGGAAUACAGUAAAAGAAUAAUCAUUUUCAUUUACUUUUGAAGUGAACAAAUAUUUUGAUGAAAUCAAAAAAAAUAACAUAAUCCUUUCAAUAUUUUGUAUAAAGAUAAAAGAACCGAAAUAAUUGUUUGCUUGGCCAAGUAAUAAUAUAGAAAUAUGUAUCAAUGAAAAACAUUAGAUAAAAUAUGAUGAGAACGAUUUUGCUCAUGUGUAUUAUUCUUCAAAAUUAUAUAGAUCUUUUGCUUAAAUUGUUGCAGGUUAAAAUCAUAUUCAACUUAUUUUUAAAGAUAAAAAUGAGUUUAAUUCAUUAUUCGGAAUAGUGCUUAUUAAAAAAAUUGAAUGGCAUUAAAUUAAAUAAAAAAUAAUGGAUGCUGAUAAAGAUUAAAUAGAAUAAAUUAUAACAUCAUAAAAAAUGUUUUAUUUUAAUAAAAUAAAUAAACCUAUUGAAAAUUAGGAAACUUUAAAUGAUGUUUAUAUUAAUUCAGAUGUAUCAAUAAAUUUAAUAGAUCCUCUUACUUAUUAAUAGUUGUAAAUACCAGUUCGAGGAAAAAAUUGUUAACAUUUAAAUUGUUUUGAUUUAAAUUCAUUUUUAAUUUUCUAUUCAUAAUCCAUUAAAAGUAGAUGGGCUUGUCCUUAUUGCCAUUUAACAACUACUAUAGAUUAAUUAUAAAUUGACUAUGUUUAACUUCGAUUAUUGCAAGAUAUCAAAAUUGAUCAUCCCAACAUUUAUUAUGAAUUCUAAAGAGUAAACAUAAAUGAAAAAUUUUAAUAUUAAAUUUAUCCAGAAUUAUAGAAUAAAGAAAUUAAAAGCAAGUAAUUACUUUUAAACUCUCCAAAUUUAUCAUAACUUAUUAAAAUUAAUAAAAAAGCUUUUAGUUGUGAAAAUAAUUAAAUAAUUAUUGAUUUAUUUGAAUUGUAGAAAAGGAAUAAUUAUACCUCUUCUUAUAUAACUUUAAAAUCUGCAAGAAAACUAAUUCAUAAAAUUAAAUAAAAAGACUUGUUAAAAAAUAUCAAUAGAAAUUCAACUGAAUUAGUAAAUUACUUUUGUAAUUUAUUUGAUCUUAAAAAUUAUGAUACAAUGACUAUUUUUGAUAACUAAAUAGAUUUACAAUUUUUAUAAUCUUAACAAGAUUUUGAAUUAAUUUGCAAAGUUUUUUAUGAGAAAACUCUAAGUGGAUUAUUUAUACACUUUAUCAGAUAAGCAAAUUCUUCUAUAAAAAUAUUAUCAUAAGCUAUUCUGUCUUUAUGUUUUUAGUUUAAACUAAAACUUAAAUCAAUAUAUCAAAAAAAAAUGCUUGAAUUAUUUUUAGCUGCAUCAUAUGAUAAAAAUGAAAGAACUUCAUUAGGUUAAAAUUUUAAAAGGAUUUGCAGUUUUUGUAAAGUUAACAGUGAUGAUUACUUAAAUCAUAUUAUUUAAUUAUCGUAAAACUUUAAAACGAUUUUUUUUAAUUUUAAUAAUAGUGGAUUUUUCAUAGUUCGAAAUUGUAUAAAUUUAAGUCACAUUUUUGAAUAAGAUUUUAAUUAUAAUAAGACAAAAGAUGAAUAAAAUAUUUAUGAUACAACAAUUAAAACAAUAAAGGAAAUAUAUAGUAUUUAAAUGAUUAAAGAGAAUUCUUUUGUUGUAGAUAUACUUUCAUUAAUAUUAUAUUUAUUGUAUAAAAGUAAUAAUAUAUAUUUAAUUAGAAGAAAACAAAUUAUAUGAGAACAUUUUCAAUGAAUUUAAUGAUUAUAAUUUAGGAAAUGUUAAAAACAAGUUUAAGAAUUUAUAAUAUCAAAAUGACUUUUGCUAUUUAUGA